AAAUGACGUCGUAUCGUAAAUAGUAAGUUGAAAUGACGUCGUUUCAAAGUUUAUUCUUCAUUUAAAACUCGAAACGCUCGCUCGCGUGGCAGAGUCAGUGACGAUGGAGGAGGAGAAACGCCGUCAGAUCUGCAGCAACUGCGACCGUCCAAAACCGAUCUGCAUCUGCCACGUCAUACCAUCGGAACCAAUCGCGACGAGUACAGAGAUACUCAUCCUCCACCAUCCGCACGAGUCACGCCACAAGCUCAACACCACGCCUCUCCUCGUCAAAUCCCUAACCAACAUCACCACAGUCCCCGGCCGCCGCCUCCGCCACUGCCACAUCUCCGCCGCAGAAUCCUCCCUCCCUAAACCGUCCCGCACGAUCUACCUCUUCCCGUCUUCUCCUUCCUCCCCCGCCGUCACCAUCUCCGACUUCAAAUCCCAAAACCGGACCACCUCGGAUCCUCCACCGCCGGUGAGGCUGAUCGUGUUCGACGCGACGUGGAAGCACGCGAAGGAGAUGGUGAAGGCUAGCGAGGAGGUUUUGAGAGAAGCGGGGGCCGUGAGGGUGUGUUUGGACGCGGGGAUAGACGAGUCCGUGAGCGGGGGAAGCAUCUACGAUUCGGAGCUGUUUUUGAGGAUGGAGCCGGUGGGUGGAUGCGUGAGCACGGCGGAGGCGGUUGCACGGUGCCUGGGAGCUUUGGAGGCGGACGGCGAGGAGAUAGAGAGGAGGCUGAUUAGUGUGUUGAAAGAGAUGGUGAGAUUGCAAUCUGAGUUCUUGAAGCCCAUGAGACCAAGGCCCAAGUUGCUGAAGAAGAGAUUACAGUAUCAGCAACAAGAAGAAGAAGAAUGAGUUUGGUCCUUUAGAGUAAUUUUUACACUGGAUUGUUGAUUACAUUAAUCCAUUGUUGUUGCAUUAACUAAAAGACAACUUACAUGAAAGGUUUUUUUUUUGUUCAACAAAACUCGUUACAAACUAAGUGAAGCUUAAUUGUUAUUACAAGUGUUUGGAAGAGUUACGAUUUAUAUGGAAUAACAUGUUCUUUUUAGCAAA